AUGGCUGCCACCUGCAGACUACGAGUCAAGGCCCAGCUGGAAAAUGCGACCAAAGCCAGGACGCUUCAAGAAAGCCGGAUCUGCCACGACAGACCGACAGAAAGACUUCUUGGGAUCGACGACGGCCUGUGGCUUCUUUCGGCUGAGUUACUUUUAAUUGUGAGGAAGGAAGGCAAAGUUAGCAACAGCACGAACCAAAACCACGACUGCAGUGAGAACCAGGCGAGAGAGCCGGCUCUGCGAGCCACUGCAGACGCGAUGUUGAGUCUCGAUGUCGAUACGUAUCGGUACCGCGCACCGCGGCCAAACUACCUUCCACACACAGUCGCGGCGGACCGGCCAAUUGUGGAGGACUAUGCACAGCUGGACCGGCCAGGCGACCUCGACAAUGCAGAGUAUCUGGCCAAGGCUAAGCGGGCGGCACAGGAGUUUAAUAUCGUGCGGCCAAAGGGCUACAAUGUGACGUUUCACACGAAUCCGGAGAUGGAAAAGCACCACUUUGGGCAGACACACCCGAUGAAGCCGUGGCGGCUGACGCUGUCGAAGAGCCUGAUCAUGUCCUACGGCAUGCCGUUUGCCAUGGACAGCUACGUGUGUCGGGCAGCGACCUACGAAGAGCUGAGCUCGUUUCACUCAGGCGACUACCUGGACUACCUGGCGACGGUGCAGCCGGAGGCAGUGCCGCGCGACCUGGAGAACCCGUACUCGGACCUGCAGUUCAACAUGGGCGGGUCGGACUGUCCGCUGUUCGAGGGCCUGUACGACUACUGCUCGAUGUCGGCGGGUGGCUCGCUGGAUGCGGCGCGCAAGGUGUGCAACAAGGAGUCGGACAUUGCGAUCAGCUGGGGUGGCGGGCUUCACCACGCCAAGAAGGCGGAGGCGUCGGGCUUCUGCUACAUCAACGACAUUGUGAUUGCGAUCCUGCAGUUGCUGCGCUGCUACCCACGGGUGCUGUACGUGGACAUUGACGUGCACCACGGCGACGGGGUGGAGGAGGCUUUCUUCUCGACGGACCGGGUGAUGACGUGCUCUUUCCACAAGUACGAUCCGCAGGCCUUCUUUCCCGGCACCGGAGGGCUGAGCGACAACGGGCCCAAGAACGAGCACAACCCGGGGGCACACCACGCGAUCAACGUGCCGCUCAACGACGGGAUCACGGACGAGCAGUACGGGAUGCUGUUCCGCAGCGUGAUCGGGGCGGUGGUGGACAAGUUCCGGCCGAGCGCGAUAGCGAUGCAGUGCGGAGCCGACUCGCUUGCGGGCGACCGGCUGGGGCGCUUCAACCUGCAGGUGCAGGGCCACGGGCAGUGCGUGUCGUACAUCAAGUCGCUAGGCCUGCCGCUGAUCCUGUUUGGCGGCGGCGGAUACACGCCGCGCAACGUGGCACGGGCCUGGUCGUGGGAGACGGCCAUUGCGCUGGAGUGCGACGACCGCAUCGAUCCGAUCAUCCCGCUGCACACACCGUGGCGGUCGCAGUUCCGGCAGGAAGAGCUGCUGCCAACGCUGGAGCAGAUUGUGGGCGAGCGACGGCCGAACAAGAAUCCGGCCAAACGGAUCCAAGAGAUUAUUCAGCACGUGCACGAGCAGCUGCGGUUUGUGGAGCAGGCGCCGAGUGUGGCCAUGCGCGUGAUCCCGCCGGACCUGGGAGGCAUCCGGGAGGACGUAGAGGACCGUCUGCGCGAGGAGGCCGAGGAGAAGAACGAGGAGGCAUUGCGGAAGCCGCGGGAAGAGGGACUUGGAACGGCCAUGGAGUAUUGA